ACCAAACAACAGUAUAUGAGAUGGUUCUCACUGGUCUGUCUGAUCUUCCAAGUCUUCAACUUCCUCUGUUCCUGGUGUUUCUCCUGGUCUAUCUUUUAACUCUGACUGGAAACCUUCUCAUCUUUCUCCUGAUCUUCACUGAUUCUCAUCUUCACACUCCCAUGUACUUCUUCCUUGGAACCCUGGCAUGUCUGGAUAUGAGUUACUCCUCAGUCACUGUUCCAAGAAUGCUCUUUGAUUUACUAAGAGAAUUAAGAAUCGUUUCGCUACAAGCUUGCAAAAAUCAGAUCUUCUUCUUCAUAAUUUUUCUUCUAUCAGAUGUAUGUGUCCUGGCAGUGAUGUCCUAUGAUAGAUACAUUGCCAUCUGCCAACCUCUUCACUACAUGCAGAUAAUGAACUGGAAUGUUUGUGUUCAGCUUGUAUCAGGCAUAUUGGUUUUCAGUACAAUAUAUUCCUUGUUGCACAUUCUUUUAUUGAAUAAACUGACCUUUUGCCACCAAAAUGUUUUGCAAAGUUUCUUUUGUGACCUGCCCCAGUUGCUUGAGGUCUCCUGUAGUGACACAUUCAUCAAUGUAUUGCUUAUAUUUCUCCUUGGAAUACUGUCUGGAAUAAUAAUUUUAGGAGUCACAUUUUAUCCAUACAUCCCUAUAAUCACCACUGUACUGAAAAUUACUUCAAAACACACAAGGUCCAAAGCUUUCUCCACCUGCUCCUCUCAUCUAACUGUGGUCUUUAUAUUUUACACUGCUAGUUUCUUCAACUACUUUCGCUCAGAUGCAAAUGAUCAUUUAGUUGAGGCCAAAGUGGCUUCUGUAUUUUUUGUAAUAUUAACUCCCUCUCUAAAUCCUGUGAUCUACAGUCUGAGGAACCAGGAACUCAAGUUAUCCCUAAGAAGAACUUUACAAAGACUACAAUAG